AUGUUGCGUUCUUGGAAGCGAAAGAAAACCGCCACGGACUCAAUUGAGACAGCUCUGGAGGAAGAUGCUCCUGGUCUUUUGCAGGUGCUGAUUCAACAAGGGGUCUCAGUAGAUGAACUUAGGCUCUAUGGGGAUAAUGCAAGUGGCGGUGAUUCCUCAGAUGAUUCACUUCUCGAAGAGAGCUUCUCAGAGCUCGAAGAAGUCAUCUCGCAGCUUUUCUACAAACGAGAGACGGGUGUGAAACUUCUUAACCUAAGGUUCUCAAAAGCUUCAAGAACAAGCUAUUGCUUGACCUGUCUCUUCUCCCUCAUCGAACAGGCAAGGUAUUUGCAGUUCCGCAAAUGGCCUGUUGAGUGGGGCUGGUGCCGUGAUCUCCAAUCUUUCAUCUUCGUUUUCGAAAGACAUAACCGGAUAGUAAUGGAACGUCCUGAAUAUGGCUACGCAACAUACUUCUUCGAGCUCAGCAGCACGGCGUCUAUCGGAUGGCAGAUCAGACGGUUAGUCUUGGCCAUGAAACUCGCGAGCUGUGGGCGUUAUCAACUGAUUGAAAACAAACCAUUACUGGUAGGGGAAGAUAUGACGGAAGGUGAAGCGGAAGUGCUGAUGAAGUACGGUUGGAUUGCGAACACGGGCUUAGGGACGAUGCUAAACUACCGUGAUAGAGUCUUCCACGAUAGGAAGACUCAGAAGGAGACAUCGGAAUGGAGAUCCAAGAUUUCUAAGCUUCUUGUUGAUGGCUAUAACAGUGGAACCAUUGUCUCUACUUUCAUUGAUCAUCAUGAUGACAUUGAUGAUGAUGCUGGACUUGACACCGGAGAUGUUAAGCUUGAGCCUUAUUGA